UCAGCCCGGGUGGUAAUUAGGUCAUAAGCCAUCUCUGACUCACUCAACUUCUCAUCCAUUGCCUUUCACACUUACCCAAUCAUCUGUUCAUCCCCCAUGAGUGUCUUCAUGAGCUCUUGCCCUUGCAUUUCUCCUCCGGUUUUUCAUUCAGUUUCUUGAUCUUUCUCCGCACAGCUCUUGUAAAUGUUCUCACCGUCUCCUGCUCCUUCAUAACUCAUAGCACUUGAUACUCCUGCAUCAUGAGUCCUGGUCUCCAACGGUCAGAUGGAAAGACAAACCACUCGAUCGAUGGAAGCUCAGACCACAGUUUGGGAAGGAGUGCUGAGGAUCAAAGAGAACCGCCGCUGAAAAAUUAUAUUUUUCUGACUAUUUUUACAUGUUUUUGUCCAGCAUGGCCUAUAAACAUUGUGGCGUUGGUCUUUUCUUUGAUGUCUCAAAGCAGCUAUGAUGCUAAAGACUAUGAGGGAGCUCGGCGACUGGGGAGGAAGGCUUUUCACAUGGGAAUCACUUCUCUAGUCAUCGGCCUUAUCAUUAUGGUCUUCUGUAUUGUACACUUCACCACGGAUGCAAUCUGACUGUGGUGAAGCCAGUUGACAGCAGGAAGCUGCACUGUAAAUUAGUGGCGAUCAGUUCCAGUGAACGCCAGAGGACGCUGUGAGCUAAACCCUGAACGUGAUUUCACUGUGGUGGCACCAUGUGCUUAAAAUAAACCAUCCUGGGUUCAUCAAUCAGUAUUUUUCAAAUGGAAUGUAUAAGUGGGUCUGAUUUGCUUAAAGCAUGGCCAGAAAACACAAACCUACACUAAAAGUCACUUAAUCUUCAUACCACCUCACAGAUAUACUGUAUGAGAGUGGUGUCAUUUAUUCCUGCAGGCAGAACAACUGCAAAGUCUGUAUUUGCUGAGUAUGUCUGACACUUCAAAUGUUGUAAAUGUGUAGUUCAGAUGUGUACAUUGUGCUUGUCUUUAAGCAUACUACUAAAAGGAUGCUUGCACUCAAAUAGCUAACCAAUGCUUUUACAGAAAAGUGUUAUUAUGUAUGGAUGAAUGUAAAAUAAUAGAGUCUGACUGUUGUUAUUUGUUUGUUUGUUUGUUUGUU